UGUAGAGUCCUGCUGGUCUGUACCCUGACAGCUGGAGGAGGAGGCUGUCAGUGGCCGGGUCGCCGGGGGCAGAGUCCUGUCGGGAUUCCCAGACCUCAUCUAUGGCCUCCGAGUUUCUCGGAUGGUUCGUACGCUCUGAAAACUUCCCACCGCCUCCGGCGCUCCAACUUCCAUAGGAUGGGGAAGUCCUUGGCACGCGCAAUGCCUGAGGAACCAGAAAAUCAGAACUGGAAGGGACCCGAGAGACUGGGGAAACUGAGGUCCAAAGAGAUUGUGACUUACUCAGAGUUGUAGAACGCAUCAGUGUCGGGGCUAUGACUGGAACCCAGUUCUAAAUCUUAGGAGUUCUUGAAGCAGCCAUGAGCGUACAACCAAGGCGGAGGUGACUAGACGCUACACCUGAAGGGAUCAUGGGACUUUAGUCCUAAGCUCAACUCGCUAGGUCUGACUGGACUUUGUUGGAGGGUCUUCCAGCUUCGGAUGGAAGAGGAGGUGGCGCGAGGGCCAGCCCCAGCUCCCGGGCGAGUUCCAAAGGAGGCGGAGCCAGGAGCGCUGGACGUUCUAAGGGGGCGGAGUCUGACUGUCUGUGUUUGUUGCGCCGUGUCAGUUACUUUGUAACAAAAGUGCUGCCGCCACCACAGCCACAGAUCCGCACCCCAGGCCCUAGGUUCGGCUCCCCGCCCGCCCGCAGGCGGCUGUGGUCGCGAUGGAGCAGGGUGCCAGUAGCAUCCAGGUUUUACUGCAAGCAGCUGAAUACCUGGACCGGAGGGAACGGGAGGCAGAGCACGGUUAUGCUUCCUUGUGUCCUACUCACAACUUGGGCCCAGUAAACCGCGGAAGGAGGAGACCCAAAGCCCCUAGGGACAGUUUAAGAUCCGUGCACAGCGAACUGGAGAAGCACAGGAGGGCCCAGCUGAGGCGAUGUUUGGAGCAGCUCAAACAACAGAUGCCCCUGAGCACAGACUGUGCCCGAUACACCACCCUGAGCCUGCUUCGCCGGGCUCGUCUGCAUAUCCAGAAGUUGGAAGAACAGGAGCAGCGAGCACGAAGGCUCAAGGAUAGGCUCCGAAGUGAACAGCGGAGCCUGCGCCAGCGGCUGGAGCAGCUCCGAGGGCCAGCUGGGGAGCGUGAGCGUCUUCGGGUAGAUAGCUUGGACUCUUCUGGCCUCUCUUCAGAGCGCUCUGACACUGACCAAGAGGAGCUCGAGGUGGACGUGGAGAGCCUGGUGUUCGGGGGUGGUGCCGAACUGCUCCGAGGCUUCAGCACAGGCCAGGAGCACAGCUACUCUCAUAGUGGCAGUGCUUGGCUAUGACCCCUGGCCCUCAUAGCAGACAGCUCUCCCACUCUCCUGGCUGCGCCAUGCUGCCCAGCCUGCCAGACGAGCUGCCACAGACCUGGUGAUGGCUGACUAAAGUGGGUCCCAGCUUGCAUUCCUCAUACUAGGCAUUCCUGCAAAGCAGAAAGUUUUGGGACGGCAGAUGCUGCUGCUGGCUCUUGGAGCCGUUUUAAUUAGCCUCAGUCCCACCCCUUCUCUCUUAUGUGGGCAUGGACCGAAGCUUACUCCGUUUUGCGGGGGGGGGGAAAACAGGAGUGACCCAUGGCCCUAAUAUGGAACUAAAUGAGCAGUACAACCUGUUCCCUGUCAGAGGUUAUGGGAGGCAAUGGGAGGCCUGACAAUGGGCUGACGUGGAGAUGGCCUGCUGCUCCCUGCCCACACCUGUGUUUUUGUACAUUUUUUACAUUGAUUUUUGUUCCUUUUGGGGCUGGGAUGCAAAUCUUAUGCUAAGCUGGUUUGGUGCCCAGCACCCAAGGGACCAGUAGCAUUAAAGUGGGAUAGAGCUGUACCCAGAUACUGGCUCUAGCUCCACAGACACCAUACAGUAUUUUCAGUUAAAAAAAAAAACCAACAAAACCUUUUCUUAAUCCUGUCUGUAAACCAUCUCAUUUCUUCAUGACUAUAAAAGGGUAAGCCUCAGUCACUAGCAUGGUUCAGGGCCGAUGGCUGGAAAACUUCAUUAUAACCUGGCAGGAUCAUUAAAUACCCCCAAGGCUCAGAAAUCUCCACAGGUCAAGGAC